CAGGGAGCGGAGGUAAGAAGCUGGCCAGUCUGGACCAGAUUGUGGCCGACGCGAAGCAGCAGAAAGAGCGGCAGCAGCACACAGCAGCUGUGGCAGACCUCACCCCCGAAAUCACCCUCCCCUAUCACCAACCUAACCACCUCCUCCACCACUACCACCCAGUUCACAACGCCACACACAAUACUCGUAGCAGUUCAGCAGUGGUGGUUGGUGACCACAGUCCCGAGACCUACUACUAGUGCAGCUCCUCUGUUUGAUUUUGGUGAUGAGAGUGACCUGGACUCUCCCACAGGGGGUGACAAUAUGAAGAUGUCAGUCCUAUCACAGAUCAAUCGUGUUGGUAAGUCAGUGGUAGGCUUGGGUACAUUAUUCCGUUUUUUAUGCCUAUUAUGCUAUUCUCAUGUGCUCACAGGUUUCACCUAUUAUUCUUUACAUAAAUACCACACUAUUAACCUAUUGUGCUCUAUACUCUAUAAAAACACCUUAAAACACAUUUAUACAAUCAAGAAUUUCUGUUAUAUUGUAGCAUGACUGUUUCUAUAUUAUAGUCUUCCAAUGAGUGUGACUGUCUCUCUGAGAAGCUAUUGUUUAGCAGUGAAAAAACCAUUUCAGCCACAGCUGACGAUGGCUGACAAAGAAAAAUACGUGGAGUUCGAAGUUCACGCAUUAGAAGACGGAUGGAUUUGGCUACGCAUGAGUGUUUUCCCUCCCAACGCGCAGACGAGAUUAGUCAGACUACCUAUUAUGCUGGCAUAAUUCCUUAGUGCUUGGGUCUCCCCUAUUAUGCUCAGAAUUAUGCCAGCAUAAUGUACCCAGGCCUAUAUAGUCAGUGGUAUCUAGUAAUAAUUGUGAAUAAAUGCUACUAUCUCUUUUUGACAGAAAAGCUUUUGGAUGAUGAAGGAUUGACAUAGCAGAGAUUUUUUUAAAUGCCAAUUAUUAAUGAUUUUCAAUUCUCUUUCAAAAUCCCCUGUGCCCUCUUAUUAUGCCACAGCUCAUACCAAUGUAUUUUUAUCGUCAUUAUCUGCUUGUAUAGACAUAUAUUAUACCUGUGUAAAAUGAACAUAUAUGUACAUAUAAUUAUUUUUAUAUCAUGUGCACCCUUAUG